CAGAAGCUUCCAUCUGUUGCCCCUGUGUGAGCCCCAACCAGUAGACAACCUGCAACCUAGGCACAUGCCCUACCUUUCGGUUUACCCAAGGAUGCUCCAGCCAAAUGAACCACACUGGCUAGGGCUAGGGCUCUCCAUCAGCUUUUGAGCCAGUGGGUGACAGUGAAACAUAGGUAUAUUCUGGACAUAACUCCCUUCACACUUCACCUAUGGGGAAAUACCUUCAGGAAAAAAAUGAGUUUGGGUUUGGUUGCCUGUAGGGGUGGUGGACACAGGGGCUCAAAUAGUUUGGAAAGCAUCCUGCUCUGGUGCUACAGGCCUGAACACUGAUAUGUGGAUGUGGUGUGGGGCAGGUAGGAGAGGGUAACGGAUGUGGAGAGCCCAGGUUCAGGAAAGGGACAUCAGUUUACUUAGCACGCAGCCACUGCCCCUAUCUCCUGACUGUCUGCAGGUCUGCGAGUCUGACCCCAGUGCUCUACAAGGCUAGAAAAGGAAGAACCUGUCCAGAAUCCCUGCAGGUCAGUGAAAAUGGAAAGGCACACUGGACAUGGACUGGGGGUAAUGGUGGAGGACACAGGUUGGGAAGAAUUUUAAGGCUCCACUGCCCAUCACACCUCCACAUAUAAUAUACACACACCCUGCCACACUGAAGGUUGGUACAGAUGACAAGGCCUGCCAAAGAAAUGGUUGGCUCAUGGGUGAGGGAGGAACAGUGGAGAAAAGUGUAGCAGAAGGCAGGGUCAGGGGAACCCUGUCCAUUAGCUAGAUUCCAGUACAAUCUGAGCCUGCACUUCACCCCCAGCCCUCAGUCUCCCUUGUCUCCUCUUUCUCUCCUCUCCCCAACCCAACUCUGCCCCACUCCCCAGAACAGGCAAAAGAGGAGACAUCUCAAUGUGGAAAAAACUUGACAGUGAAAAUAAAGGAAAACUGGAAAAUGAGGGAAAUCCAGAAGAUGAAGUAGAUACAGAAGAUGAAGGAAACUCAAAUGAGGGAAAAAAGCCAGGAGAAGCCAAGGCACAAGGGAAGCGCCAGGAAGAAGGAUAGCCAGAUGACAAGAUUAAAUAAGAAAAGCAGGGCAAAUCUGAAAGUGAGGGGAACCCACAUGGUGAGGCCAAGCCAGAACUCCAGGCCAAGCUAGAGAUCCAGCUAUGGGCUGUUGAAAAGUGUCUGGCCAAAGAUUAUGUGCCCCAGAAAGCAAAGCAAGAAAACAGGGGAACGAAUGAUUCUCCCAAAGACUAUUAGGAGGACUUACAAGAAAGGCACUGUAGUGAGGAGAUGAUGACAGAAUGUGGAGAUGUGUCAAGGGCUCAGGAAGAGCCAAGGAAAAAACAGAACCACUCAUUGAGUGUUUUUCAUUGGAUGCAAAGAAAUGUACAGGAUCCAUUUGUGCCAAGGGGCUUACAAGGUAUCAGGGGAGUGAGGGGCAGAGGCAGGGGCCAAAGGGGCUUACAUGAUAUCCUAUAUCUUUAAUGCCCUUGGACAUAAACUCUGAUUUCUUUGAUGGGACUAUUUCACCCCUGCUUUCCUGGUGGUCCUUUGCCAUGUGAUGUGCUCUAACCUUAAGCUGAUACUUUGCUUUAGGUGUCGCCCUUGAUACCAGCAGCCUUUUGAUCCAAAAGGAUCAAAGUUUCAGUGCUCUCAGUUUCAGUAGGGGAUUUUAACCCAUGUGUAUGGAAGAGGUGUUCAUGGUACUUUGUAAAACAAUAAAGAAAAAACUUUUCAGAACCAUAUAUAGUGUUGGCUCAUUUUUGUGAAACUAUAAUUGGGUGCUUAAUGCGUUUGUGCACAGAGAAAACUCUGAAAGUGUGUACACUAAAAAGCAGGCAAUAGUUUUUCCUGCAUGGUAGCCAAAAAGAGG